AAACACUCAAGCAAAUCUUGGUAUCUCUCAUCAAUCACACACACCGAUAUCGGAAUAUUCUCUCUGGUGAUUAUUUUCCGGCGAUAUGACGACGAGGCAACGCAUAGUUUUGAAAAUGGAUAUGAGUGAUGAGAAAUCUAUGAAGAAAGCUAUGAAGAUCGCAUCUGCAAAACCUGGUGUGAGAUCGGUCUCGAUUCAGGGACAGAACGAUCAGUUGGUUUUAUUGGGAGAAGGGAUUGACUUAGCCGAGCUAACACGUGAGCUUAAGAAGAAAGUUUGCAUGACGACUAUCAUCACCGUUCAGGCUGCGCCACCGCAGCAGCCACCGCAACCUCAUCCUAUGGGCCAGUACAACCAGAUGCCUCCGGCGAGAAGAUGUACCUGUGAGAUACCGAAUUCAGGUUUCUGCGGAUUUUGUAGAUCUAUGAGUCAACCCAAUUAUCAGGUGGUACCAUCGCCGUAUUAUCCCCCGAUGCUCUAUUGUCGAGAUGAGACCGAUGGCUGUAGAAUUUUGUGAUGUGAUUUUUGUUGAGUUUUCUUUAUUGAAAAAAGAAAAAAACAUUUUCUUAAUUUUCUGAUCAUAUGAUAUUGUAAAUAGAAAAUUGUUAAAUUCGUGGUGCUGUAAAUGUUUUUUUUUUUUUUAGUUUUUGAUUAAUUGUUGUAAAUGUUGUGACAGUGGAUAUUAAGAAAAUAACAUAAAGUCUUUGGUUA